AUGGCCGAAAGACAGGUUCCUGUCAUUUCGCUCAGAGACUUUGAGCAACGCAGGGAUGAAAUCACAGCAAAGCUGAUCGAAGCGGCCGAAAAUGAUGGCUUCUUCACUUUGGUUGAUCAUGGCAUUUCGAAGUCAGAAAUCGAGGCCCAAUUCUCCAUUUCUAAAACAUUCUUCGAUCUCCCAGCCGAGAUAAAGAGCAAGACUGCCCAUGAUCCCAUAACCAACAGCGGAUGGGAAUAUAAGGCCCAGUUGCGUCCCAGUACCGGCACAUACAACCAGAAGGAGUCGCUUUAG